AUGCCAAUCAUUGAGCACAAUGGGCAGGUGUUCCACUUGUCCCAUGAAGAACGGGAGAAGUUGGACGAAUUUCGGGUCAUUACAGACUUUCCACAGGAUGACUUGCCCCUAAUCAUACGGUUGCUGCAGAACUACGGUUGGCAUUUGGAAAGGGCAUUGAGUUUUUAUUUCGAUGGGGAUUGGAAAAGCUCAAUAAUUGCACAGGAACUACCUGCUAUUCCAAAUCGACCUCCAACCCCGGCAACUUUCCCUCCAAUUCCUGAGAGGUCACCAUUUAUCGCAUCCGAUGCUCAUCUGAUACCGUCACUACGUGUGGUUAAACCUCUCCCAUCGAACUUUCGAGAAGUCUUCUCCGUUGUGGGAUUGAACAAGAAUAAUGGCGAUGUAUGGAAUAUGAACCCUCAACAUAGUCCGUUGAUUAUAAUUUUGAUGUUCAUUCCGAGAUUACUGGUGAAAUUGGGAGUCAGUGUCCUUUCACUCCUGUGGGGAUUAAUAACAUUUGGAUUCAACUCCCACCUUGAUGAAAGGACAAAUGUGCGUAAAGUACCUAGCAGACCAAAGGAGAAACAGCCGCCUUUCGAUCAGUUGAUAUCACCUUUAAUUGAUGGGCAAGGUUUGGAACGAUUGAAUAAGCUUAUGAGCACUCAGAGUUUCAAUGAAGCGUUGAAGAUUUGUCAGGACGAGUUCAAGUAUCUGCUGAUAGUCUUUAUUGGCGAUGUCUCAGAUGAGGAGGAUCCCGAUGUGAAUUCACAGAGGUUUAUAUCCAAGGUGCUAUCAAACCCUACAGUGCUCUCGAUGUUGGAAAGUUACAAGGACGAGUUGAUCAUUUAUUUGGGUUCCGUUCACGAGUUAGAGACAUGGUUAGUCGCACAAGAUCUUAGGAUCAAAUAUGUACCGGAAUGUUUGUUAGUUGGAAAUGUCCUCAAUUCUAAAGGAUCUGUCAAUGGUGUUACAAGACUCUCUGUUUUAUCCAAGCUAAGAAUCAGUUCUGCCAAGAAAUUUGAGAAUUCAUUGAAAGUAACAAUUGAAAAGUUUCAACCAGAGUUAGUAGUCAGUAGGACGGAGCAAGCAGAAAUUCUACUUGCAAGGGAAAUUAAGAAACUACAAGACGAUGCAUAUCAAAACUCUUUGGAGCAGGAUCGGGUCAAAGCGGAAGAGCGCAAGAUGAAGGAGGAGGAAGCAUUACUAGAGCUAAACAAUAAAACACAACGGGAAAAGGAUAAAAAGAUAAAGGAAACUGUAAAACAUCUUCAAUGGCUUCGUUCAUGCGCUGAUUUUAUGAAGAAGGAGCCUGCAACCUCGGGCGUCGGUACCGUGGCUACCCUUCAAAUCAGGACAUCUAAAGGAUUACGACUUGUCAAAGAGUUCAGCAGCACAACAAGUUUACACAGCCUGUAUGUCAAAAUUGGUUGCCAUUUAUAUCUGGAUACCAACAGCAAAGAUCAGGAGGAGUUGUCGAAAAUAAUUGCUGAUAAGCUUCAGUCCCUCGCAGAAGAUGAUUCAGUCCUAUGUUUCAAGGACAGAGAAGUACUGAAAGACGAGUUAAAGGCUGAAAACUUGACCAAAGCUAUCGAGCUGGAGUUGAAGAAGUGGAAAGAUGAAAUGUCGUCCGAUUUGGAAUUCGAUUUUGAGUUGGUGUCGCCUUUUCCCAGAGAAAAGAUUCCAGUUGACAAAGAAAUGACAGUGAAAGAAGUUACGCAGUUAUGGCCCAAAGGUAGUUUAUUGGUUGAGGAACUUGUGGAAGAUGACGAGGACGAUGAGGAUGAUGAUGAAGAUGAUGAAGACGAAGAGAGCAUGGAGAGUGGCAGUGAAUAG